UGUUGAUUUCUAUGGAGGGAAAACGAUGUAUCGGGCUGCAUAUGAACCCAACUUCUCCAAGUAUUUUCCUCAGAAAAUACUCCAGCGUCUUGAGCGGGAUGUUCAUGAGCGCCUUUGGACAAGAUGGAGCAAAGGGCAGCGCUGCCCCACUCUCACCCUCAACAAUGUGAAGGUUCGAGAUGACAGGGCCAUUCUCCCUCAUCUUGGGUCACAAGGAGAGCACCGGAACCUUCAAGCAAGUAUGGUGGCAUUUCAUGAGGAACUCUUUGGAGUUGGAGGAAUAGGUGGAGUAGGAUUGCAUGAGGAGCGAGAUGAUUUCUACAACAAACUCUCCAAGCCAAAUCUGAGCAUGAGAGAAUUUGGUUAUCUUCUUCAACAUAUGUGGUACCAAAAUGAGGAAGUUAGGGGUGAUUUCCCUGCUCAAGUAGUCGAAGAUCUGAGAGACACUAAUUUUUACUAUAAAGGGAAAUUGAACAAGUGGACUAAAGUGUAUAAGAGAUGGUACAAGAAGAGCGGACAUCGAUGGACGGCAAUUCAAUUGCAAGCUGCAAUUGGCAGCCACUAUUGGGUGAAUGAAGUGGGAGGUUUUAGGACUUAUAGGAAUGAUCCAGAGGAAGAAUUGCACAUUGUCAGAAACACACUUCGACAUGUGAAUGAGAAGAGGUCUAAUCAGAAGAAGACGGUGUGGGGCAAGAAAAUAAAAGGAGCAGUGAUUCAAAAAGUUUUUCCAUAUGCUGAGCAGAAGGUGUUCGAUUUCAUGUAUGAGGAGAAGAUUGAGAAUGAUCACAAGGGUUCCCUCAUCAUUUUGUGAGCAAAUGCAAUUUAGUUUAUUUUCCUUUCUUCUACACUUUCUCUGCGCACUCAACAUAAUAGGACUGAAACUUUUUGUAAGGCUUAGUGGCUAGGUUGGACAACAUUGCAGGGUAUCAGUUCUCUUUUGCUUCUUGGACUUUGAAGGGUAGAGACCCAACUUAGCCUUCACGUUCUGCAAAUUUAGUACUAUGCUUUCAGCAAAACCGAAUUGCAUCAAAUAUAUAUGUUCCAACUGUUUCUUAUUAUCAAUUAGUGCUGUGUUUCCACUGAAGUGUUAAAUUAAAAAGAGAUCAAGUAGACCAAGUACUGAUGAUGAAAUUGACAAAUGACUAUAUCGGA